CUAUUAACAAUUUAUUUAUUUUAUUUCUCAUAAAUCAAAAUGCUUAUUAACUUCGCAUUAUUCUUCGCAACCUUUUUCUCGUUUUUUUCACCUUCCUUCGGUUAUUACGGCGGUUGGAUCAACGCCCGCGCCACCUUCUAUGGAGGCGGCGAUGCAUCUGGCACAAUGGGAGGGGCUUGUGGGUAUGGCAAUUUGUACAGUCAGGGCUACGGUACAAACACGGCAGCCCUCAGCACAGCCCUGUUCAAUAAUGGGCUGAGCUGUGGGGCCUGUUUUCAAUUAGUAUGCGUAAACGACCGAAGAUCGUGCAUUCGUGGCUCGAUUGUGGUGACCGCCACAAAUUUUUGCCCACCGGGCGGAUGGUGCGCACCACCCAACCACCACUUUGACCUGUCGCAGCCUGUUUUCCUGCGAAUCGCCCAGUACAGAGCAGGCGUGGUGCCUGUUCUGUACCGGAGGGUUCCUUGUCGGAGGAGAGGCGGGAUCCGAUUCACGAUCAACGGCCACUCGUAUUUCAAUCUCGUGCUCGUGACCAACGUUGGUGGCGCGGGUGACGUUCGCUCGGUUUACAUCAAGGGCUCGAGAACCGGCUGGUUGCCCAUGUCAAGAAAUUGGGGGCAAAAUUGGCAGAGCAAUUCGAAUCUUAACGGGCAGAGCUUAUCGUUUAAGGUCACCACUAGCGAUGGGCGAAGCCUCGUUUCUUACAAUGUGGCCCCACGCGGUUGGUCGUUCGGCCAGACGUACUCCGUUGCAGCCGGCGAAUCUGGGCAAAGCCAUCCGUCGGCUGCACAUCCCUUGUACGAGAGCCCGUCUACCAGCCGCUCGUUUUGCGUCCAGCAACAACGCCUCCACCGCCGCGGUCAAGGUCGCCAUUUUCAAGAGCUAGUUGUGUUCUCCUUGAUACCCGCCGGAAAAACGGCCGUAAAAGUCGUCGGAUCCGGAGAUGCUGGACAUCGUUGGGUGCACGACGGUCUGAGGAAUCCAGAAGUGUCCUCGGAUUUCGAUGGGUCGCGGUACGUCGUCGGAAAAUUGAUGAAGAAAAUCAAAUUUUGA